GCUACACAGGGGCGCGUCUGAGGCUCGGCGACGCAGCCCGGGGUGCCCUGCGCCAGGCCCGGGAGAGUGACCGCCGUGCCCGCGUCUCGCCUUCUCUCCCGCAGCUCCCGGCCCCACUCCGCCCAGGGAGUCCGAUGGCGGCGGCGGCCCUGAGGGACCCGCCUGAGGGUGGUGUGACCUUUGAGGACAUUGCCCUGUACUUCUCCUGGGAGGAAUGGAAGCUCCUUGAUGAGGCUCAGAGACGCCUGUACCAUGAUGUGAUGCUGGAGAACUUUGCACUUAUAUCUUCACUGGGUUGCUGCUGUGGAGCAGAGGAUGCAGAAGCACCCUUUCAACGAAGCAUUUCUAUAAGCAUGUCACAGGCCAGGACUCCCAGGGCAAGCUCAUUUUCCCAGAAGAGCCACCCCUGUAAGAAGUGUAGUCUGGUCUUGAGAGGUGUUUUUCACUUGGCUGAGCAUGAAGAAACACAACACAGCCAGAAAGUGUUCGGGUGUAGAAUAUGUAUGAAACGAUUUCAUUUUAGUGCAAACCUCCAAAAACACCAGAAGCAGCAUAUGGAAGAGAAAUCCUUCAGAAAUGCUGUAGUCAGGGCCUUGUUUGUGAAGAGCUUCAAAUACCAUGUGUCAAGGAAGCCCUUUACCUGUGAGGAAGUUGGGAAAGACUUUCUGGCCACCUUGGGACAUCUCCAGCCACAGACCACUCACACCAGGGAGAAGCCAAACAAGAUUGCCCAGCGUGAGGCAACUUUACAAAGCAGAGAAAGUCAUUACAGCCGGGGAGAAUGCAAGAAAGCCUUCAGCCCGAAACAUGCACUUGUUCAGGACCAGGGUGUCCACCCUGGAAGACAUUGUUUUGUGUGCAGUGAAUGUGGGAAGACAUUCAGGUACAAAUCCUCAUUUGUUGUGCACCAGAGAGUGCAUACUGGAGAAAGGCUUCAUGUGUGUCGUGAAUGUGGAAAAUCUUUCAGGCGAACCUCAACCCUCAAUCUGCAUCGAAGAAUUCAUACUGGGGCAAGGCAGUACAAGUGCAGCAAAUGUGGGAAAUCCUUUAACCAAAACUUUGUCCUUAUUUAUCCCUGGAGAAGACACAUUGGAGAAAAUUGUUACCUGUGCAGUGAAUGUGCACAGUUUCCUAGCUGUAGAUCCAUCCUAAUUCGACAACGGACAGUUCACACUGGAGAAAGGCGUUAUGAGUGUACUCAAUGUGGAAUAUCUUUUAGACGAAUAUUUUACCUCAUUGUACACUGGAGGGUUCACACAGGAGAAAGGCCUUAUGAUUGCAGUGAGUGUGGGAACUCUUUUACCAAUAGCUUGGUGCUCGUCCUACACCAGCGAGUACAUAAAGGGGAAAGGCCUUUUGCUUGCAGUGAAUGUGGGAAAUCUUUUACCAAUAGCUCGAUACUCAUUCUCCACCGGAGAGUUCACACAGGAAAAAGACCUUAUGAGUGCAGUGAGUGUUGGAAAUCCUUUAGUCAUCAGUCUUACCUCACUCAACACUGGAAGGUUCAUAAUGGAAAAAGGCCUUACGAAUGCAGUGAAUGUGGGAAAUCUUUUAUGUCUCGCCGUGGCCUCCAUUAUCAUCAGAGAGUUCACACUGGAUCAAGGCCUUAUGAAUGUAGUGAAUGUGGGAAGUCUUUUACCUCUCACUCUGGCCUUCGUUAUCAUCAGAGAGUUCACACAGGAGAAAGGCCUUAUGAGUGCAGUGAGUGUGGAAAAUGUUUUACCUCCAGCUCUGCCCUGUGUUAUCAUCAGAAGACUCAUGCUGGAGAUAGGCCUUUUGAGUGCACUGUAUGUAGGAAAUGUUUUUCCUCUGGUUCCACCCUCAGUAAUCAUCAGAGAGUUCACACUGGAGAAAGGCCUUAUGUGUGCAGUCAAUGUGGGAAAUCUUUUUUCUCUAAUUCCAACCUCAGUAAUCAUCAGAGAAUUCACACAGGAGAAAGGCCUUAUGUGUGCAGUGAAUGUGGGAAAUCCUUUAUCCAAAGAUGUUCCCUUCUUAAACACCAGAGAGUUCACACAGGAGAAAGGCCUUAUGUGUGCAGUGAAUGUGGGAAAUCCUUCACCCAAAGAUGUCACUUUCUUAUACACCAGAGAGUUCACACAGGAGAAAGGCCUUACGUGUGCAGUGAAUGUGGGAAAUCUUUUUCCACUAGUUACAACCUCAGUAAUCAUCAGAGAAUUCACACAGGAGAAAGGCCUUAUUUGUGCAGUGAAUGUGGGAAAUCGUUUAUCCAAAGAUCUUACCUUCUUAUACACCAGAGAGUUCACACAGGAGAAAGGCCUUAUAAGUGUAAUGAAUGUGGGAAAUCUUUUACCACUAGGAGGAAUCUUCGUUAUCAUCAGGGAGUUCACACUGGAUAAAGGCCUUAUGAGUGCAGUGAAUGUGGGAAGUCUUAUAUCUGUAGUUCCAUCCUCCAGGAUCAUCAGAGAAUUGAUGUAAUCAAAAGGUCUUAUGGGGGCUUCCCUGGUGGCUCAGUGGUUAAGAAUCUGCCUGCCAAUGCAGGGGACACGGGUUCGAACCCUGGUCUGGGAAGAUCCCACACGCCGUGGAGCAACUAAGUUUGUGCAUCACAACUACUGAGCCUGUGCUCUAGAGCCCAUGAGCCACAACUACUGAAUCCCUCAUGCCUAGAGCACGUGCUCCGCAACGAAGAGUAGCCCCCACUCGCUGCAACUAGAGAAAGCCCACACCCAGCAACAAAGACCCAACUCAGCCAUAAAUUUAAAAAAUAAUAAUAAAUAUUUUUUAAAAGGUCUUAUGAAUGCACUGUAUAUGGAAAAUCGUUUAGAGCAAAUUCUUAUCUCACUGAACACUGUAGAGUUCACAAUGCAGCAAAGCCUUAUGCAUGCAGUGAAUGUGGUAAAUCUUUUUCAUCUAGGUCCAGACUCUGUUAUCAUCAGAGUGUUAUGAUCAGAACAGGGUCAAGGCCUUAUGAGUGUAACGAAUGUGGGAAAUCUUUUCUGAAGAGUUUUUCACUCAUGGAAUAUCAUGGAAUUCAAACAGGGGGAAGGCCUUAUGAGUGCAGUGAAUGUGGGAAAUCUUUUACUUCUAGAUUUUACUUCAUCAUCUUCAAAUGGUUCACACAGGAGAAAAUACUUAUGACUACAGUAAAUGUGGGAAAUCCUUUAGGGAUAAUUCUCAAGUCAGUACUGCAGAGUUCACACUGGAGAAAGCUGUUAUGAGUGCACUGUAUGUGGCAAAUUAUUUAGCCAUAAAUCUCACCUUUCUCAAUACUGGAGACUAUAUACUAGAAAAAGGUCUUAUGAGUGCAGUGAGUGAAGGAAAUCUUUUACCUGUAUUUCUAGUCUUCAUUAUCAUUAGAGAGUUCAUAUAGGAUGAAAACCUUAUGA